AGCGCCCGCGUGCUCACUGCUCUGACGUCUGACCAUCAACAAGCCAGCACGCAGUGAGUGACGCGCUCAUAGCAAACUAAUAUGAUAAAAUGAGCCAGCCUGAGACAUCCGCAGCUGCUGCCGACGAUUUAGUGCCAAAACGAAGAAGCACCUCAAAGAUAUGGCAGUUUUUUGGAUUUAAAAGAGAUGACCACAUGCAGACUGAAGUUAUAUGUAAAACAUGUAAAUCUCGUGUAGCAACGAAAACGGGAAACACUUCAAAUCUGUUCAGUCACCUCAAAGCAAAGCACAACGAUUUGUAUCAGCUAUGCUCUGCAGAAAAAUCUUCAAGCUCAGGUGAAUCAACCCUCGUUCACCAACCCAAGCAACAAUCCAUAUCAUCAAGCUUCGAAAGCAUAACACCAUAUCCUGUAAGUUCCCGCCGUCAUAGAGAGAUAACCGAGGCCAUUACACGCUAUCUGGCAAAGGAUAUGGUUCCGAUCGCCACAGUCGGGAAACCAGGGUUUUUGCACCUGAUGAAUACCAUCGACAAACGGUACAACAUUCCCUCUCGAACCUAUUUUUCACGCAUUGCUAUCCCCCAAAUGUACGAGCAUACUCGCGACCGUGUCAUGUUGGAACUGAGAGAUGUCGAACAUUUUGCGUGUACAACGGACCUCUGGUCCAGUAGGACAACAGAGCCGUACAUUAGUUUAACGGUUCACUUUAUUGACAAAGCCUUUAAGAUGAGAAGUCUGUGCUUACAGACAGCAUAUUUCCCCAGUGAACACAGUGGGGAAAACAUAGCGCUGGGACUGCGAGAGGCUUUGUCUGGCUGGAAUUUGAAUGAGGCGCGUCUAGUGUGUUUUACCACUGACAACGCAACCAAUAUGAUCAAAGCGGCGGAAAUAAAUGGUUGGCCCCGACUACAGUGCUUCGGGCACAGACUGCACCUUGCUAUUGAAAAUGCAGUCAAAUGUGACACACGCAUCAGUCGUGCUCUAGGAGUGUGCAAAAAGCUAGUGGGACAUUUUUCCCAUAGCUGGAAAAAGAAAGAAGCGCUAAAGAAAGCAUAG